GUGCAAGAGAAUUCACCUGGACAGGCGGCUGGUUUGGAGCCGUUCUUUGACUUCAUCGUUUCUAUCGGAAAUAUUAGACUGGACAAAGAUAACGACACCAUGAAAGAGAUUCUCAAGCAGCACAUAGAAAAACCUAUUGAAGUCACAGUUUAUAACAGCAAGACGCAAACAGUGAGGCAAACUACUGUUGUGCCCUCUGAAAUGUGGGGUGGGCAAGGUUUGCUCGGUGUAUCAAUUCGUUUCUGUUCAUUUGAUGGCGCGAGUCAGCAUGUUUGGCACGUUGUUUCUGUCCAGCCUAAUUCUCCUGCCUCAAUUGCCGGUCUGGUGUCGAAUUCCGACUACAUCCUCGGAGCUGAAAGUGUAUUGAACCAAGCUGAUGACCUUAUCGCUCUUGUUCAAGCAAAUGAGGGGAAGCCGCUGAAGUUGUACGUGUACAAUGUAGACACGGACGUGGUUAGAGAGGUUAGCCUAACUCCAAACUCGGCUUGGGGUGGAGAAGGUUGCUUAGGAUGUGAUAUAGGGUAUGGAUACCUUCAUCGAAUCCCAAUAUCAGUUGAUCGCUCGAAACCAAAGAGUCCCGUUCCUCCGGUUGUUGCUACUCAGCCGAAAUUGGCGCAACCUGGAAGUACCGGUAUUCCGCAGAUAGAUCAGGUUAGCAAGCCUCCCGCACCAUCUUCGUUUCCCGAUCCAAGCCAGUUUGGUGUUCCCACUAGCAUGCCGCCACCGAAUAACUUCGUGCUUCCACCAUCAUUUCCUCCUCCUGCUCCUAGUAUAUACGGUUCACAGUCCACAUCGGCUCCGUCUGCGCAAGCACAAACAUCGCACGGCUAUGGAGACGAUCACAAGCACGACGAGCACGGGCACGGACAUAGUCAUGCCCACAAUGAUCAUGGACUCAACCACUCACACAGUCCAUCUCCUUCACCGAUGCAGGCUCCACAACCUCCACAACCUCAACAACAGAUGUACCAACCUCCACCAACUAAUCAGUCCGCUCCUCCUGACUAUUACGCACAGCAGCAUCAACAACAGCAGUACCAGGCUUAUCAACCGCCUGCAAGCACCGCUCCACAGUAUACCCCAACACCACCGGCUACUGGGGUUCCAUCAUCGGUGCCAUACAGUGCCGGAUCAUAUGCGAUGCCAGUGACGAGGUUUGUU